GAGAGCAAAGGUUUCUCAACUCCAAUUGUUUAACCGUUUUUUUGAGAUUUAACCUUUAUUAGAAAAACACUGCACUGAACAAAGAAAAAUGAGAACAUCUUUUUAUAACUAGAAAGAACAAAACCAACCCAAAUCUGUUUGUUGAACAUUACGAACCUUUCUGUAAAAGUCCAUCUGACUUAAAGUGAGCCAUACCCGCAGAGGCGCGUGCUCGCGCUCCUACCUAGUGCGCAUGCUCAGGGGUAGUCCGCGCGAAGUAUGUAGUGAACUGUAGCGCGCGUGCGCGUGUCUGCCUGCGUUAUGGCGGCUGACUUGCUUCGUACACGUAGAGCCGCGGCUUAGAUCGAGAAACUAGCACGGCAGCGCUCCGGACUACAAGCUGUCAGCUGACCUCGUGCCAUCCCUGCACUCCUACAAUGGCCGAGAGUGAAUACACUCGCUUUGUGGACUGGGAGAAGAUGGGCGAGCUGACGCACAGCAGCGGCCCCAGCCAGCUGUCCUGCACAGAUUUACGGGACCUCAAGCAAUUUGCCAGACAGGGACUGUGGUCGCAGAACCAUGGCAUGCGGUCCCAGGUGUACCAACAGCUGAUCAGAGAUGUUCCUUGCCGCACGGUGACGCCCGAUGCAGACGUCUAUCGAGAUAUUGCUGACAGAAUUGUGAGAAGGCGCAGCACCUGCUCUUUGGCCCUGCCAGACUUUGUGGACGGCAGCCAAGUCCCCACGUAUUGUUUGAAUGGUGACGGGACGGGCUCGGUACGCAAAAUCACCGUCUGUAUCGCCAAUCAGUUCCCUGACAUCUCCUAUUGCCCUGUGCUGCCCAGCAUUGUCGCUUUGCUUCUGCAUUUCAGCAAGGAUGAAGCCGAGUGUUUCGAGAUGGUCUGUCGCCUGCUGGCUUGCAAUGACCCCGGCCGCAGGCUGCUGGACCAGACGUUCCUGGCAUACGAGUCUUCCAACAUGACCUUUGGAGACCUUGUCAGCAAAUACUGUCCCCGUGUUCACAAGCUUGUGGUGGCCUCGUCCCAGGACGUCCUGGAUGUGUACUCUGACUGGCUGCGCUGGAUUUUCGGGGACUUGCCUCUACCCUAUGCGGCUAGAGUCCUGGACGUGUUCUUUGUGGAGGGGUACAAGGUGCUCUAUAGAGUGGCUUUGGCCAUUCUUAAAUUCUUCCGUAAGGUUCGAGCCCAUCAGUUUGAAACGUCUGGAGACCUGAAGCAGGACAUUCAUAGUUUUGUGCAAGGAAUCGGCAACUUUGUGACGUCCCAGAAACUGCUGGAGAAAGCGUUUGCUAUUCGGCUCUUCAGCCGCAAAGAAAUCCGGCUGUUGCAGAUGGCUAACGAAAAAUCUUUGCAGCAGAAAGGCAUUACGGUGAAGCAGAAGAGGCAGAAUGUCCACCUGGCCGUAGACGCAGACAACUUUCAUUCAGACAUCGUAAGCUCAAAGGAGAUGCGGAAUAUCUGGUCUUGGGUUCCAGAACGGUUUGCAUUGUGCCAGCCUCAGCUGCUCUUCACCACCUCUGAGCAUGGCUGCAGUCUCACCAGAUUUUAUGCGCAGUGUCAAGGAAAUGAGCCCACCUUGCUUCUGAUUAAGACCACUGAGGGCGAGGUGUGCGGUGCUUACUUGUCCACUGACUGGGCCGAGCGCACUGCUGGAAACAAGCUGAGCUUUUUUGGCACCGGGGAGUGCUUUGUGUUUAGGCUCAAGCCAGAGAUGGAGCGAUAUGAGUGGGUGGUGAUUAAGCACCCUGAGCUGGCGUCGGCGCCCGCUGCCCCUGAUUCGUCACAAACUGCCGACAGGUUGACUACAAACAGUACCAGCGAGAGCCAAGAUGAUCCUUCCAACCGACUUUCUCCGUUUUUAGCUACGCGUCACUUCAACUUGUCUUCAAAGACGGCCUCCAUGUUCAUGGCUGGGAGUUUGGACUUUAUUCUCGUUGGUGGAGGAGAUGGAAAUGCCUUGUAUAUCGACGCUGACCUCAACUACGGACGCACGGCACGUUGCACAACUUUUGACAGUCCGCCCCUGUGUUCUGAGACCUUCCAGAUAGCCGUGCUGGAGGCCUGGGGCUUCCAGGAUGCAAUUAACUCCUAAACCGCGACAUGAGGGUUGGUGAAAAACCACAUGAACGGCCGAGAGAUGCGGAAGCAGCGACUGGAGGACCAAGACAUGGCGGGCGGCCAUUAGCUCUGUCACCGUCACUGAAGGAGUCCCGCUAAGCACUUUGGAACUGAGCUGAGAUCUUCUGUGCAAUCCGUCCCUCUUUGCUGUUUGCCGGUGUUGAUGCGCGUUUUGCGUGUUUUUUAGCGAUUCUGUGCGUCCUUCCAAAAUGAAGAAUGUAGCGCGUCGAUAUUUAGCUGCUGCUUUGCCCGUUUGAACAUCACAGCUUUUAUUAUGAACUUCCUCUCCCGGCCAAUCCUGCCACCAAACCCCGAGUUGCUUGGAGGGCUGGAUGCAGCUUGACACGAUCUUAUCAUACGAAAGAAAUGGCGAUGGCUUUGUUUUGUUGAGCUCCUGGCCUGAUGUGUCUGUUAAUGUGAACAAGACAGAAACAAAAUGGCUGCUGAAUGGCCGGUCGUCUUCUCCUGCCCAGACUCGUCCUUUGACGUUACUGUGAGCACAAAGACAAAUCGUGAUUUUGAUUAGAGAAGAGGGGAUAUAAAGUACAGACAGAUGAAGACCUUGUGCUGUGCCAGUUUGAAACUCCUGUCCAUUCAAAGGAGGCGAUGCUGCUCAGUGCCACCCGGGUGACACCACAUCUCUCUAGUGCCAACCGACAAGAGGAGCUCGAUAGAAUUUGUGGUUGCCAUGUGUGUGUUUGUAACGGCUGAUUUUAUUGUCCCUAAUGAUCCGUGUGCCCAGCUUUUCCUUUGUUGCCCUCUUUCUGUUGUGAUUGGUGGCCUACCAGGCGAGCAGCGGCGUCACGUCAUGUCACCCUGUCAUUGGGGGGGGGCUGUAGGAGUGUGUCACGUUUUUGUGCUAAUCCACUUCAAGAUGCCAGCGUGUCUCAUUUUGUCUCCCGCUCCUGUUAUUCUGACUUCUUUACAGGAAUAUGAAGGAACGGCGGCUGUGACUUUUGUUUCUGUCAUAUCUCACCCUAAUUACUCCUGCAGUCCAUCGAGGUGGCACAGAAGUGAGGCGGCAGCAGGACAAACGCCGCCCUUCACAUAAUUAAAGCAAACUAACUUUCAUUACUUCAAAGAUUCAUCAUUAACAAGACUCGGUCAAGCACACAUCAUGCCACGUGUGUCGCACUCUGCCUGUCUGCACUCCUUACACGCCCGUCUCUGAAGAGCGUGCCAACUCCACCCUGGGCGCCGGACACCACACUCGUUACUGCGACUGUUUGACACAUUUUGUCUUUGGUUGGCACUGCGUGUUCUUUAGCCAGGCAGGUGUCCCCAAUGUGUCCCAGACUGAGACUUUCAGUGGGCCGCAGUGUUUGGCAAAGUCACGGCAGGUGCCAGCUGCUGUUUUAAAGCGCACUUUUAACUUUAUCUAAUUCCAUGUUUUCUACUUUAAUUGUCAAGGCCGUUUACAUUUGCUUUUAAUGAAUUGAACUCUUCAUCUCUGCCUCCUCCUCUGGCCUGCUUUGAUUUGUGCCCUUGUCCUAAAGCUGCAGACGCAUUGUGAGCCGUUGCCCCCCUCGCACUCAUUUGUUGCAGGUCUGCUGCUUUUUGUGCCCACCAUCUUCUCGGUCGGCACCCACGUCUUGGGCCUCGAGUUGAGUCGACUUCCUUUGUCAGAUUGGGAACUCGUGACCAGCAGCCAAACGACACCGAGCUGCAGGGCGAGCUGGUAACGUCAGCCCCAUUGCACCUUCUUGCCAGUCAGAUGUGACUUCAUUAAGUUAUGCACAGGAAUUCUAAAUCUUGAAGAGCGGCUCAGUUGGCAAAGGAAAAGCCCACCAUUAGGGUGGAAAGCCCGCGCUGCCCCUCGUUGUGUUAGUGGCUGUCGUUUUUGUGAAAUGAAGUGUUGAAAUGGUGCAAUAUUUGUAAAUCAUAAAGGAAAUUAAAAAUCCAUCGAGAAAAUAUCAAUCAGUGUUAUAAAAAUAAACCAAGUGCUGCCA